CGUCAUCCGCCUGCAAUUCUUGCGGCGUCACAUGAAGUCAAACAAUUGUGUUGCCUGCAGUGUUUUGACUGAAUGGCAGUCAAACAGGAAGUGCAGAGAAACACAUACCAGUCUCGCUCAUAAGCACCAGUUAAACAAGAGAGAUCAGUCUCUACCUCUCUGUAUUAAAGUGCAGAUCAUGGAGGGAGGUGUGACACAAGAUAUUCAUCAAGAAGAGAAAGAAAGACCAUUAGACAAUGAUGAUGGACAGACAGACCCACACGAUAGAGCGCUGACGCUGGUACUGCUCGGCUCAGCGGGUGCUGGGAAAAGCACUGUGGUUGAUGCCAUUCUGGGCGCCCCGUCUGACUGCAGCACAGCAGUCACCUCUGACUUUGAGAAGAGACGUGUGACUGUUUCAGGAAGACAGGUGACUAUAGUGGACACACCCGAGUGUCUGUGCACAGAGCGACCCGCCGAAGAAGUCAGACGUCAGUUUUCACUCUGCGCUGCUUUAUCGGCCCCGGGGCUCCAUGCAUUCCUGCUCUGCGUCCCUGUACACCGGCCCAGUAACCUGGAGCUCCAAAUUUUAGAAACCAUCGAGAAGGUGUUUGGCUCUGAAGCUGUCAGUAAACACGCAAUGGUGCUCUUCACUCACAUGGACCGACUUUCAGAGGAUGUUUCUCUGGAUGAGUAUCUCAAUACUCAGCGAGCAGAUCUGCUGGAGCUCGUAGAGAAAUGUGCGGGCCGCCACCACCCGUUAAUGGGAACGGAUGCAGAGGAGCUUCUUGCAAAGGUGGAGCAGAUGGUGAAAGAAAGCGGGACGGAGAUUUACACCUGCCCUCUAUUGCAAGAAGCCGAGAGGAGAGUGAGAGAAAAAGAGGAGGAGAUCUUGAAAAACAGAAGAGAAAGAGGAGAGGAAGAGGUGGAGGGAGUCAGGGCUGAAGCGGAGAGAAGCGUGGAUGAUCUGACGGUUCAGGGUAUCGCCGAUUUAUGCCUCUCCACCCCAAACCCCUCGCUCAUACGAUGGUUAUGGGACAGUUUGGUCGAGUGGCUCAUGUGGCUCCCAAACAACGUGAGGGGCAGCGCUUUACUGGGGUCGUUUGUGGGGUUGUUCGUCGGGGGGCCACUAGGAGGGGCCAUGGGUGCAACAGUUGGCUCUGUGGCUACAGAAGUGGGCAGACGGAAACGAAAAACAAACUAAGUGCUUGGUAACAGCUUCUUUUAACUUUCAUUUUCAAGUCCCUGAUUAAAUAAUGCUUCAAAGAGAUCAGUAGUUCUGCUACAUUUAAAUAGGAAUACAGGAAUAUUUAUCCAAAUCCAAGGAAUACACACUCACUUUCAACCCAGCGUUGGGCCAAAAAGAGACGAAUCCAACCCAUUGGGUUGUAAUUUAACCUAUGCUGGGUUAUUUCAACCGUAAAUGCAGAGUUUGUUUUAAUGGGUCAAAUAUAAACAUUUUCUCGGUUAAAUAAACCCAACGACUAGGUUUGUCCUUUUUUGGCUCAAAAAAUAACACAGCAUUUUUUUGUAUUACAAACUAUACACUAUGAGUAAGAUGUUAAUAAUUUAAUAAUCUUUUUAUUCUUACUAUUUUUCAGAUUAAUAUACUUGCACUCAAAAUGCUGGGUUGUUUUAACCCAUAGUUGGGUCAAAUAUGAACAAACCCAACUGUUACAGUUGGUUAUAAAUAACUAUAUAUAACUUUGAUAAAUAACUUUAAGUUGAAAUAAACCCAGCAGUUGGUUCCAGCCAAAUCUGACCUCACUAUGGGUUAAAAUAACUCAACUUGGUUCAACAUAAAAAAGUAAGUUACCUGGUUCCCUUAAAAUUUUGAGUUAAUUCAUCUUAAGCCCGAUUUAUAGUCGUGCGUAAGCUCUACGCCGUAGCUUAUUCGUAGCCUGUGCGUAGCUCUGACGUGCACCUCGCAAAUUUUUUUACAUCUCGUCAGUUCUACGCGGAGCGCAAGCGCUGUGUUUGUUCCAGCAGAACCCCUCCCGUCAGGUAAAAAAAACUGCAUCAUAGGUAUUUCCGUUUGCAACGGUGAAAACAAAGAUGAGCCAAGUUGAGAAGUGAUUUAACUCGCUGUUUAUUUACUUCCAUCAUUGCUGGUCUUCUAAAAUCAUACACAACAAGUUGCUGUUUCUUCUUCGUUUGUGGGUUAACUUGUCAAGCUUUUUCUUCUUUGACGGUCGCGCUGCUACUGUGGUUACACGCGUGGAUACUGCCUACCAGCGGUUUGCGCAUGUGUUUGCACGUCGACGUGGACGAUGACGCAAAAGUAUAAAUGAAAACCGACGCGAAACCUACGCCAUCGCGGCUACGCCUUAGGACCUGCGCACAAUUAUAAUGAGCCCUUUAGUUGACACAACAAUUUUUCUUCUUUAAAGGAAAACACCACAGUUUUUCAAUAUUUUACUAUGUUCUUACCUCAACUUAGAUGAAUUAAUACAUACCUAUCUUUGUUCAAUGCAUGCACUUAAUCUUUGUAGAGCGCUUCUUGAAUGUGUUAGCAUUUAGCCUAGCACCAUUCAUUCCUAUGGCUCCAAACAAAAGAUUUAUUUUGUGCCACCAUACUUAUUUGUGUAAUUACUCGUGUAACAGUCUUUAAAUAGGGAAAACAUGGAAUUGUUUGGUGACUUUUAAAUUCAUUUCUGUUUGGAUCCUAAAAUAUUGAAAAAUGGUGGUGUUUUCCUUUAAACAACUUUUUUUGAGUCAACUAAUAUUUUUAAGUUGAAAGAAAUGUUUUAAAGCAACCAGAUAACUUACACUUUUAAGUUGAACCAACAAAUCUUUUUUUACAGUGCAUAUGUAGUUUGCACUUUGACUGUUUUUCUUUAUUAUCCAGACCAGCUCAUUCGUAUUGUAAUACUACUACUACUACUACUACUACUACUACUACUACUA